GAAGUCGACUUAUCUAUAAAAAACACAUUGUUCCCGGUAGCCGAGCCAUUUAUGUCAUUUCACAUAUAACACCCUCAUUAGCACCGUUCCUUCCAUGAGCACACAAGGGGAGAACCACAAGCCACUGAGUCUCAGACGAUACGCUUCAAGCCCCUCGAAAAAGCGGAUAAAGCUACCAAAACUUGAGAUCGAUCCGGUACAUAUUCAUGAUCUAGAGGACCAGUUCCGACAUUCAAGCCUCGAACAAAACCCCAACCUUUUUCUCGGCUCGCCGUCCAACACACCGACCUCCGCAAACUCGCCUUUGAGAACCCCGCUGGACGAGCAGUUCACCUACGCCGGAAGCAACAUUUACGAUUGCUUUCUACGACGCGACUCCACCCAGUCCAUCAGCCUGGGCAGCCUGUGGUCUUCGGAAUUCGGCCCGCACAGAUCCUUCACCACGCUUUCGUCGCCCGGAAGCAACCUUUAUAGACAUUCCGAGCCCAACCCGAAUGACAAGCCGAGGGUUUCCGAGGAGUCGCUCACGCCAACGUGCGAGCCAGCGCCCAACCAGUACAAGUUUUCGCACGACCAGGUCAAACGACUUAUCCGAGAGAUUCAUGGCGUCAAGUACGUGCACGAGGAUCUGCCCAUUCCGACUUCUAUCAAAGAGGAGGACGAGGCCAUCAACGUUCUGGGCCAGCUGUCUGUCGCCAAGCUCAAGGGCCUCAACCAGAUGAAGAUCAUACAGUGGUACUGUUGCCAGUGUGGCAAGAGCUACGGCGAUUUAGACCAUUUUGUCGUGGAACGCAGCCAGCUGAAAACUGCGGGCCCCAACAUUUCGGACGACGACUACUGGAAUUCCAUGGCCGACCAGCUGCUCGCGAAAACCAUUAAUCGGUUUGAUUGCAACCGCUGCAACCACAUGAUGUGUCCCUACUGCAUAAAAGCUCGCGUCAGCGACUUGCUGAACAAAUCAUGACGCCGCGGGUCUCGCUCCAGCAAUUUUAAUUUUCACCCAGACACCAGCUAUGGGUGUGUACGACACACUGGUUUUUUUAGCAUACCUUUUAUUAUUUAUUUAAUAUUUAUUCCCUAUGGGGGGCUUCGAUGACGACGACUUGCGCGAUUACGAAAACGAGGACUUGGGGUUUGACGAAGACGCGUUGAACGACGACGAAUACGACCAGUUGUACGACGCUCUUCCCAAAAUCAAGGCCUUGGCGAAGAAUUACCAGGUGGACGAAAAGGCGUUGAAAGAAAUUCUAUGGAGCAACUAUUUCAGCGUAGAAGACUCCUUUGAGGAGGUGAAGCAGAACUACAAGCCGAAGAAAGCCGCUGCGAAUUUUGCGAAGCCGGGACCCGACGACCGCAAAGUAGAGAACCUCACAGAGAAAGUGGCCAAGAUCAAGAUAAAAGAGCCAAAGCCGGUGGCAUCGAAGCCGAAACAGAAAAUCGAUAUCGACGCCGAGCUGGCCAAGAGAAACAGCAAGCCAAACUUGUCGUUUGUCGUGAUCGGCCACGUCGACUCGGGCAAGUCCACGCUGAUCGGCCGGCUGCUAUACGAUCUGGGAAUUGUCGACUCCAAGACGCUGCACAAGCUCACUAAAGAGAGCGAAGCGAUGGGCAAGUCGUCGUUCUCGCUCGCCUGGAUUAUGGACCAGACGCAGGAGGAGCGUUCCCGAGGCGUCACGGUCGACAUUUGUCAGACACAGAUCGAGACGCCAACGCAGAAGUUUACCAUUAUCGACUCUCCGGGCCAUCAAGACUACGUUCCGCAGAUGAUCAACGGAGUGAGCCAGGCCGACCUAGCGGUCAUGAACAUCGACGCAAACUCGUUCGAGAGCGGGUUCAGCAACCAGGGCCAGACCAAAGAGCACUUGACCAUUGCCAAGAGUCUCGGCAUCGAGCGGUGUGUGGUGACGAUCAACAAGCUGGACGUCACGCAAUGGUCGCAGACGGUGUACGACGCGAUUUGCGACCAGAUUAGACAGUUUCUCGUCGACGAGCUGGCGUACGACGUGGCGAACCUGGUUUUUGUGCCGACGUCGGGUUUCCUCGGCGACAACGUUGUCAAGCCAAGCAAGAAUCUGUCGUGGUACACGGGUCCUACACUGCUGCAAGUUUUGGAGCAGGAAAAUCGAGCGGUCAGUCACGUUGUGGACAAGACUUGGCCUUUUGUCAUGGUAAUCAGCGAUAUCCGAGAGUCCAGCAAGAACGACGAGCUGGUGAUCAGCGGGAGGAUCAACUCGGGAAUCGUCCAGCCCGGCGAGACGGUGAGCAUUUCUCCGAGCCAGGAGACGGCUGUCGUGGACUCGAUCUCGAUCACGGCCUCGAGCGUUGGGUCGUCGGUGAUCAAGCACGAUCUGCAGAAACUUGCGCAGGAGGGCGAGUUUGUGGAGUUGAAGCUGAAGAAGCUGGCGUCGUGUGAAAACAUCAAAAUAGGAGACGUGGUGACUUUGGCGUCGAACGUCCUGCAACCUGUGAAAAAAUUCAAGUGCGAGCUAAACCUGUUCAACAUCGAGCGGCCGCUUCUCGUGGGCACGCCGUUCGUGCUGUUCAAGAACGGGAUCUCUGUGCCGUCGCGGCUGAGCGAGAUCGAGUCGAUCGUGACUAAAGACGGCCUGAGCAAAAAACGGCGCCACCUGAGCUCGAACAACACCGCCGUGGUCGUGGUGGAGCUGCUCGAACGAGAGCUGCCCCUUUUGACAGUCGCACAGAACCACAAGCUGGGCCGCGUGGUGGUCCGUAAAGACGGGCGGAGCAUCGGCGCCGGGAAAAUCCUCGAGCUGGUGGCAUAAUAUUUCGUCACAGUAUAUAGUCUAUAACCAGCAGCAGGAAGCUGAGAAUUAGGAUCAGGUAGCUGAGGUUCUGGCCGGACCGUUUCGCUCGCUCGUUGGCCUUGACAAGCUGUGUGUUGCCCAUCUUGAGGUUGGCCACGGUGUCGUCCUGGUGCGAGCUCAGCACGGAGAUGGCGUCGUUCUGCAGAUGCAGCUGUAGAUUGAUAUCGUUGAUGACCGAGGAUAUCUCGAGCAUCGACUGCUCGAUCUGGCUGACGCUCUCGAUCUGUGCGUUCUUCAUCUCCAGCAAAAGCGACUCGUUUUCCUGCGAUAGCUGCUGCAACUGCUGCUGGCCAAGCUCCGCAGUCAGCUCGCCAUACUCGCUGGAAAUGGCCUUUUCCGCGACCUCUUGCUCGAGUGGCUCGUACGACGCCUGCUGCAGGUACGUGCUGGCGUUGAGCGUUGACCUUGCGAGCUCCUUUUUGCGCUCCAUCCGCCGACUGCUGAUGGAAACAAAAUGCGCAGAGAUCUUGGUCAGCCGCAACCCGAGCGACUUGAGGAUGUUGGCACGGACUUCCAUGACUGUAUUGUUGGCGAUCGUGGCGGUCUGGCCAUACUCGCCCAUCGUGAGCAGGUUUCGGCCGAGCUCCUCGACGGGGUUGCUGGUUUCGAGCUGCUUGUCGAGCAGCUCGGCGUACGUUCGCAGGCUCUCUAGCUUUUUGUUGAGGAUGCCCAAUUGCACCUUGAAGUUCGUGUCGAUCUCGUCCUUGUCCGCCUCCGACAGCUUUUUAGAGUGGCUGAGCAGGUAGUCUGUCUGGAUCUCAUUGAUAAACGAUCCCAGCUGGAGGAUCAUGGUGUUGAGCUUGAUCGAGUCCUGAACAAACGUGUUCCCGGCCGUCAGCUUGCUGUGGCGCGGCGGCUGUUUGACCGCUGGCCGCGGGCCAGACUGUUGCAGCUCC